AUGGCAUCUCCAGGAAUUACUUUUUCGAAACCUCUGGUUCUCCUUCCUGGCUUCACCCGCGAUGAAGCCGCAAACAUAACAAUCUACUGCCACGACCGCACCUUCAAGUCCGUCGACGUCAUCGACGAUGGCUCCAGAGAAACCCUCUUCAAAGUCGAAUCCAAAGGCGCAACAUCCUUCAGCUGGCGUCGCAGAAUUUCCUCUACUACAACUGGCAAAACCCUUUUUGAGCUCCGCCACGGAGGCUAUGCCAUGAAAAACGAGUGGGCUGUUGAGGAUGUAGAUGGCAAACGUAUCUGCACUGUUAAACACGUUAGUGGGCUGGCAGCACGCAAUCGGAGUAAUUUGGAUGCGGUGGUGCAUGGAGAGUCGAGUGCCGAUGAUGUGGGGAGCACGGUGGAGAUCAGACCUAGGGACAGAGGUGCGUUGACGACGGCGGUGUUGUGGAAUGGGCAGGAGUUGGCGAUGAUCACGAACACAGAGGCUAAUGAUGUGACUUCGCUGGAGAAGAAGGGGUUGGAUAGAACGGUGUGGAAGGCGAGUAUCAAUGCUGGGGUCGAUAUUAGUCUGAUUCUGGUGACAGUGCUGUGUCUUGCUGAGAUGGAACAUGUAUGGAGACAAUAA